GCCACGUUCGGACGUCUAACCCUCCGCUCCCGGGACAGUGAGACCACCUGACUUACGUUGUCGGUUCUCAAACGUUGCAAGAUUUAACGUUAAAAUUAUAUAUACGAAACGUUUUCCGUUAUUUAACCUAGAUGGAAACGAAGUUUGAUUAUUCCCAAACGGGUGCCGAUUUCGGGAAAUACUUAGAAGUCACGUUUUCUGUAAUUUACGAGGAUACUUUUGACAUUAUCUGAAAGACGUGGUAUAUCAAAAGUCGUGACAAUUUACCUGAGAGAAUCUGAGAACAGCUGGAGUCUGAGACAGACUGAGGGAGAAUAUAUUUACAGACUUCAAGCCGAGAAUGAUAUUAAGCUGAUGAAAACCCUACGGGAGGAGUAAACUGAAGCUGAAAAAAGAAACAGCUUAGUGGGUUCUAGGUGAGAAAGAAAAAGAUUGUAAAUACGAUCCCAUACUAUUACUGAGACCUUGAGAUUUUGUGACGUGAUUCGGUUCGCCUUGUUGACAACUGAAAUGGAUAUCAGUUUGUGGUCUUGACACGAAUAAAAAAAAUAUCUCCAGUUUGUAACGCCAGAGUGACAGAAACCUAUGAAAAUGGAGAUUGCGUUCGUAGAUGAAGCUGAAAUAAUUGGUGUUUAGUUAAAAGACAAGUGAACGUAACGGUUUCGGGGUCAGUGAAACUAACUCAAUAAAUCUUUAAUGUGGUUCGAUAUCAAUCAACAACAACGGUCGUUAGCGUUAAUGAAAUAACGGCGCUUGACAUAAAUCACUUUCGGUUUUGGAAAUAACGACUGGAACCUGGAAAUAUCUCGUCCAGAAUGAAACAGACGCAACAUGAAUCUGUCUCCCCGACUUUCUCAUCAGCUCUUUCUCCCUUUUCAUCGAUAACUUCCAGAAUGCGUGGGUCUUCUAUGUCCAUUUCCACCGAGGGGAAACUCGAGUACCUCGGAGGAGCAGGAGGCUUCCAGGGGCCCCAGACCGAAUUCCAGAGGGGCUUCCAGGAGGGAUUCCUGGGGGAACUCCACGGUCCUCAGCAGAGCCCGGGGUACUUCGAAGGCUUCCGGAACCAGCACCAGCAACAACAACAGACCUUCGUUCCAGGCGACAGAUACGGCCUGCAAAAGGUUAUCAGCCUCCUCCCGGCGGAGGAGCUGAUCGAUCUGACUAUGAUGACGACGCCCUCCUCAUCAUUGUCGUCUUCCACGUCCUCGGGAUCAGUCCAAGCUGCUGCCGUCAGGGACGGGUUCCUCAGCCCAAGCAGCGCUGUCAACUUGACCGAGAAUUACGACCUCGUCAACGAGAGCCUCCUGGCGAAGGCGAUGCCGAAGGAGAUGAUCUUCAACGAGUCGCACAUCAUCACCAUCAGCACCUACUCGUGCCUGAUGGUGCUCUCCGCCCUCGGGAACAUCUCCGUCCUCAAGUCCAUAGCCUCGCACCGGAAGAGAACCUCGGCAUCACGAGUGUCUCUCAUGAUAAUGCACCUGACAAUCGCUGAUCUGCUGGUCACAUUUCUCCUCAUGCCCUUGGAGAUCGGAUGGGCGUGGACCGUCUCCUGGGAGGCGGGCGACCUGGCCUGCCGCGUCUUAGCCUUCUUCCGCACCUUCGGCGUCUUCCUCAGCGGGUUCCUCCUGGUGGUCAUCAGCAUCGACAGGUACCACGCCGUCCUCAGGCCCCUGACCGUUACGGAGGCCAAGAGGAGAGUCCGGAUCAUGCUAGGCGUGGCGUGGGCGGCGUCCGUAGCGUUUUCGAUGCCGCAGAUGUUCAUCUUCCACGUCGAGGCCCACCCAGAGUUCCCCUGGUUCCAGCAGUGCGUCACCUUCAACAGCUUCCCCUCGCCCACCUACGAACUGGUGUACAUAGUCGCUGGCUUCGUGGCUAUGUACGCCCUGCCCCUGACGACCAUAGUCAUCUGCUACGGCUCCAUCGUCAUCGUCCUCUACAGGAAAGAUGUGAUAUCCCGUGAUGGGCCAGCGGACGAGAGACGGGCCCCGUCUUUAGGACGGGCAAAAACGAGAACCCUUCACAUGACCCUGAUUAUUGUGAUGGUGUUCUUCCUGUGCUGGACCCCUUACAACAUCAUGAGUCUAUGGUAUUUCAUAGACCGCAAGAGCGCUCAGAGGGUCGAUCCCCGGGUCCAGGCGGCGCUGUUCAUCUUCGCCGUGGCCAACUCGACGGUGAACCCCUUGGUCUACGGGUACUUCAACGUCCGCAGGGGCUCCAAGAGCCACAGCAUGAAGCAGGAGUGGCGGAUGAAGAGGAUCGUUUACAAGCCUCCAUUUCGACAGCACAUGCGCGGAUGCCUUUGCAACCCCGUCAGGAGCUCCUCCAGUGACCUCCCCUGCCAUCACCAUCUGUACCCUCCGGAGAGGCACGUCUUCCGGGGACCUCGUUAUCCUCUGCAUGCGGAGAAUCGCUACCUGGACAUAUAGAGAGACGCCUCUGACUUUCUGGAAUAAAGGGGCAUUCCAGUUCCCAGGGGCUGGAAGACUGAAGAAGGCAUUUCCAGUGCUGGGUGGGACAUUGAUCUUGUGGAAUAACUCCUGGUGUCACAGUAGAAAAAAGGGCAUUCCAGUUUCCACAUCCUGGAAGAUUGAAGAAGGCAUUUCCAGCGGUGGGUGGGACAUUGAUCUAGUGGAAUAACUUCUUGUGUCACAAUAGAAAAAAAGACCAUUCCAGUUUCCACAUCCUGGAAGAUUGAAGAAGGCCUUUCCAGUGAUUGGUGGGAUAUUCUACUGCAUUUGGUGCCACAAUAGGAAAGGGCUUUCUUUUUUCCAGGUCCUGGAAGAUCGAAAACCUUUCCAGUGCUUAUUAGGACAUUCCACUGCAUUUGGUGCCCCAAUAGGAAAAGGGCAUUCCAGUUUCCAGAUCCUGGAAGAUUGGAGAGGGCCUUUCCAGUGCUUGGUGGGACAUUCCACUGGAUUUUGUGCCCUAAAAGGAAAAGGGCAUUCCUGUUUCCAGAUCUUGGAAGAUUGAAGUGGGCCUUUCCAGUGCUGCGUAGGAUAUUGACGUUAUGGAAUCAGUUCUAGUGUCACACUAGGAAAAGGGGCAUUCCAGUUUCCAGGAGCUGGAAGAUCGAAGAAGAUCGAAGAUCUUUCCAGUGAAUGUGAUGAAAAGGGGCAUUCCAGUUUCCAGGAACUGGAAGAUCGAAGAUGAUUGUAGAAGGCCUUUUCAGUGGUUGACAGAACAUUCAACUGCAUUUGAUUCUACGAUAGUAAAAGGGAAUUUCAGGUUCCUUGUACUUGGAAGACUGAGGAAGGCAUUUCCAGGGCUGUGUGGGACACUCUAGUGCAUGAAAAUAAAAGUAAUUCGUGCUGACGCCAUGUGACGCCACUGAAGAUAUCCUUUGAACAGCAGUCACUAAAACUCCAGAGCUCGCAGACGAUCCAAGUACCUAUACGCUGGUAACUGGAACUUCUGGAAAGUAAUUCGUAUUGCUGGAACACAGAAAUGUAUUCUACGUCCCACGAAGGGAACGAGUGAUGGGAACUUCCAUUAAAUGCCAUAUCAGUGGGAACAAACUUGAGUUGCAAAGGGCUAUAUAGUGAUUUUUAUGAAUAUUAAAACCUUCCACGAUCUACUUGGAAAAUAGAUUAGUUUGCCCCUCGCAGUGAAGAAAUGCAUAGAAAACGGAUGGAUGAUUUUGACGAAGAUGUACCUGAGAUAAAUUUAAUAGUCUGUGUGUUCGUUUCGU